UCACCCUCCCGCCACGUGUCUCCAUCCUCCAUCGCUGAUCUCCAUAUAAAUCCAACGGCCACGUGCAUCUCUCAACUAACACGCUCAUCUAUUUAAGCAAUCAAAAAUGGCUCACCAAAAACUCAGGAAAUUCAACCCUUCAAAAGGCUUUGCAAUUUCCUUUACCUCUUAGCUUAGCUUUUUGGAUUCAACAUAUACAUAUACAUACAUACAUUUAAGUUUUUUUUUUUUCUUUUUAAAAUUUUAAAGCUUUCUAAUCAUUUUAUUUUUUUUUUUUUCUUUUUAAAAUUUUAAAGCUUUCUAAUCAUUUUAUUCUGAUCGCUAAAAAUUUUUUCUUCUCUCGUAUUUUGAUCGUGUUGUCAAUAGAUUAAUUUUUUUUUCACAUUAAUUUCCCUAUGGAAUUUCAAAAUGGUACAAGUAAUGGUCACACUUUAUGUGGCCAAGACCCAUUGAACUGGGUGAUGGCAGCCGAGUCGCUAAAGGGUAGCCACUUCGAGGAGGUGAAGAAGAUGGUAGCGGAGUAUCGGAAGCCGGUGGUCCGGCUCGGAGGCGAGACCUUGACCAUAUCACAAGUGGCCGCGAUAGCGACCGGUGUCAACACCGGGGUGAAGGUGGAGUUGGCGGAGGCGGCCCGGGCCGGCGUCAAGGCGAGCAGUGAUUGGGUGAUGGAGAGCAUGAAUAAGGGGACAGAUAGCUAUGGGGUGACAACUGGAUUUGGUGCAACUUCACAUAGAAGGACCAAAGAGGGUGGUGCUCUGCAGAAGGAACUCAUUAG